AGAGAGAUUUUAAACCCGGAGACAAUGGAGUCAUCCUCCUCCUGCUCCUCCUGCUCCUCCUGAGCAGCAGCACGGGUCAGCCUCUGGAGUCUAGUUAGGAGCACUUCUCUUGUUUCCUGGAGCUGGAGUCAUGUCUGUGCUGGAUUCUUCUCUGUGAGGAUGGAGUCGUCAUGUCUGGACCUGGCUCUGGAGGGGGAGCGUCUCUGUAAGACUGGAGACUAUCGUGCCGGCGUGUCUUUCUUCGAGUCGGCCAUCCAGGUCGGAACCGAGGACCUUCAAAUCCUCAGCGCCAUCUACAGCCAGCUGGGAAAUGCCUACUUUCACCUACAGGAGUAUAACAAAGCCCUGGAGUACCAUCAGCAUGACCUCACGCUCACCAGAACCAUUGGAGAUGAACUUGGCGAGGCCAAAGCCAGCGGUAACCUUGGGAACACAUUAAAACUUUUAGGACGUUAUGAGGAAGCGGUGGUUUGUUGCCAGCGACAUUUGGAAAUUACGAAGGCCAUAUAUGAUAAGGUUGGGCAGGCUCGGGCGCUGUAUAAUUUCGGGAACGUUUACCACGCCAAGGGGAAGAGCAUCUGCUGGACUGGAGCUGAGCCAGGAGAGUUCCCAGAGGAGGCCAGGAUCGCGCUGAGGAAAGCUGCACAGUACUACGAAGCGAACCUGUGCCUGGUGAAGGGGUUGGGCGAUCGAGCAGCCCAGGGUCGAACCUAUGGGAACCUUGGAAAUACUUAUUAUCUGCUGGGUGACUUUGAAAAUGCAGUGGCUGCACAUGAAAAGCGGCUGCUCGUCGCUAAAGAGUUUGGGGAUAAGUCUGCUGAGAGGAGGGCCCAUUGUAACCUCGGCAACGCCCACAUAUUCCUCAGUCAGUUUGAAGUGGCGGCUGCUCACUACAAGAGAACGCUGCAGCUGGCCAGGCUUCUGAAGGACCGAGCCGUGGAGGCCCAGGCCUGUUACAGUCUGGGCAACACCUACACGCUGCUGCAGGACUUUGAGAGAGCCAUUGAUUACCACCUCAAACAUCUGGUCAUCGCUCAGGACCUCAACGACAGAGUUGGUGAAGGAAGAGCGUAUUGGAGUCUAGGAAAUGCCCACACCGCCCUGGGGAAUCAUGAGCAAGCCAUGUACUUUGCUGAGAAACAUCUGGAAAUUGCCAAAGAGACCGGAGACAAAAGUGGCGAGGUCACAGCCAGGAUGAACCUGUCGGACCUGCGGCUGGUUGUAGGCCUGAAGUCCACCUCUAACAUCCAUCCCAACAUCUUCCGCAACACAAAUAUGAAUAACUCACCUCUGCCAGUGAGCUACCAGGGUAACACAAACUUCACAGGGAUGAUGUCUCCGUUAAGGGAGAGAGGAAGUGCAGAGAACCUGAAGCUGAGUCCGAGUCCUGACAAAAAUCAACCUGCAGACUCACCAGCACAGCCAGGCUUGGAGGAGGACACAUUACCCAGCUCUUCAAAAAACAACACAAUCAAAGCUUCCACUAAACUCUUCCUCUUCCAUCGGCUGAAAAGCAAGAAGCACAAGAGCAACAAAUCACCUCCUAAAGAACAACGGGAAAUUCGAAGCGAGCACACAACAGCAGAGCAGGAAACACCGGUGUCCAUCAAGGCAGGAUCGCGGGACACCAUCGGAGAGGACGGCUUUUUCGACCUCCUCUCUCGUUUCCAGGGCAGCCGAAUGGACGACCAAAGGUGCUGUCUACUGGAUGGCCAGAGCCAUCUCCCCGCCCAUUCCUCUCCCUCCUCCACCCCACCCGUAGCUGAAAGGAAAUCUAUUUCGGCACGCGAACCACCAUUGCAGGAUCCUGGUCAUUUCCUGGAGCUGCUGGCCAGCUCCCAGGCCCGUCGUCUGGACGACCAGCGAGUCAACCUGAGCCAUUUUCCUGGCUUACGUCUCAGCACCUUCAGCCCGCCGCGUACACCCUCCACCUCCAGCGCAGAAGUCCCCACACAAGCCCCCACCUCCAGCACAGAUACCCCUCAGACACCCUCCCUGUUCAGUCGACUCGAGGCGAGUGCUGAGCAGCCCGAAGGCGACGACGUCUUCUUCGACAUGCUCGUUAAGUGCCAGGGGUCCAGACUUAACGACCAGAGGUGCCCUGCUCCACCUUCUGCUCAAUCCUCUACAUCUAAGGGCCCGACGGUUCCAGACGAGGAUUUUUUCAGUCUCAUCCUGCGUUCCCAGUCCAACAGGAUGGAGGAGCAGCGAGUCCAGCCGCCCCCUGGCGUUACCCAAACCAAACUAGACUGACCCCAUGCAGCGAUUUGUGAUGUUACCUCAGGACCCUUAUGAAGUAACCAAGCUUUUUUUAUUGUAACCACAUGACCCUUGAUUCCUGCCUUUUGGAGUUGUCCUGACAACAUUCACAUGAGAAUGCCAAGAAUACAAGUGACAUUAUGAGGAAUUAAGGUGUCAAAUAACACAGAACUGGUCAUUGUGACUGUGAAAUCAUGGGAAAUGUAGCUUUUCAGGCUUUUAGGAAAUACCAGGGUCAACCGUCUCUGUGCCGACUGCUUUUAUCAGACACUUUGGGACCAGUGAUGUCCGUCUGCUCUGGAGGCUUGCAUCAAGUCGCUCGUACAAACUGUGGGUUGUUCAGUUGCUUUAAGGAUAUAAGCCAAUCUGAAGGAAUUUCUGCUUUACGAUGGUGGAGCAAAGUGGAACAUCAUUGACCUCUGACCUCUCCAGCAACUCGUCACAGAUGAUCAAAUGAAAGAACUUCUUCAGGGAAAUAAAGGUUCACGUCCAUCCUUACUGCUCCACCGGUGACCAGUGGAGCCAUUUAUAGAAGCUACUUCUGGAUAUUGCUUUUGAAGACUGUAACACGGACAGUUUUAAUGUUUAAGGUUGUGUAAGUGGAGCAUCAUUGCCAUGAAGUGAAAUGGGAUUUUUUUCUUCUAUGUAACAAGAUUUUACAGAUGAUUAACUAGUGAGGAAAAGAAAUGUUAUUUUAACCUUUAUACUGAUACGUUCUCCUGACAAUGGAGAAAUAAAAUCUCAUGAAUUUA